AUGUCCACGCUGUCUUCUCCUCGACCUUCGAUUGCCUCUUCACGCGCUCAUUCCCCAACCCCGGCAUCCUCCCGGCCAUCUCUCGAUGCACUAAACACUAAUGUCCCUGGCGGGCUCAGCGCCUCGUCAACUCCAUCCACCGCACGAGCGAUCUCCCCCAACCCACGCCGCAAUCGCUCCGCCCUACGAGACUAUUACAACCUCAAGCCUCCAGGUGCAGACUCUGGCAGUCCCGGUGGAAGCUUUCGCUCCCGCAGCGUCCCCCGAAACACCGAUGCAGGAGAUAUAUCCAACCCAUCCACCCUAGCUUCGGGGACGGAGCUAGACAAUGCGGACUUCGAUCCACAACGCUACGUCGACCACCUCCUUUCUACAUCAUCUCUUUCUACCAUCCUCAAAGCUGAGAAUACUCUUGUCGGGGACAUUCGUACGCUCGACGGCGAGCGGAAAGCUUUGGUCUACGAUAAUUACUCCAAGUUGAUCCGCGCUGUGGAGACAAUUGGCAAGAUGCGGAAGAGUAUGGACGAGCGGGGUGCUCCUUUGACCAUGACCAAAACUCUCGGUCCGGCUAUUGCGUUCGUCGCUGAGACUGCGGGUGGGCUGAUCAAGGAGGGCGAGGAGCAAAGACGGCGGAUCAAAGAGGAAAGGGAGGUGGAACCACAACAGCCUAGGAAGGCUGAGAAGGAGACCGUGAGGUGGGUGCUUGCUGCGCCUGAUCGGUUGGAGAAACUUGUGGCAGAAGAGAAGCAGACCGAGGCGGAGAAGGAUUGGGAAGAGGUUCAACGCUUGCUUGACGCUUGGAGCGAGGUCAAGGGCGUUGCAAAAGUGCGGGCAGCUUGUGAGAAGGUCAUGGCCAAGCCUACCAAUGACGACUGA